UCUAUGCGAUCGAAUUGUAGUUUAGCUCAUUUACGUGGUAGGUGUACAGAAAGAACUAAGUGCUGAAGUUCUUUAUUCUUCAACAAUAUAGAUCAAAAGUAAAGUGAUUUUGCAGUGACAAAGAAAUUUAUUUUAAUAUUUUAGUUACUAUGAGUGAAGACGCUAAUACAUUUAUACCGGCCUUUUACUCUCAUCGGAGUGUUUUUAUUACUGGUGGCACAGGUUUCAUUGGUAAAGCAUUAUGUGAAAAAUUACUCAGAUCUUGUCCGGACAUUAAAGAAAUAUUUCUGUUGAUACGGCCACAAAAGAAUUUAACUAUCAAUGAUAAGCUCAAGAAGAUGUUAAAUAACAAAAUUUUUGACACAUUACGAAGCGAACGGCCAUCCAAUCUCGAUAAACUCAUUCCUAUAAGCGGAGACGUAACUGCUAAAGACUUGGGAUUGUUGCCAAACGACAGACAAUUGUUAAUCGAAAAAGUAUCGAUAAUUUUUCACAUUGCGGCUAUCGUUCGUUUUGAUGAGAGUCUCAAAAAUAUAAUUUUCAGCAACUUGCGAGCAACGCGCGACGUUUGUAUUUUAGCCCAGUCUAUGAAAAAUAUAGUAGCUUUACAUCAUGUGAGCUCGACGUACACACAAAGCGACAAACCCGUAGUGAACGAAGUCUUGUAUCCCUUGAAAAUCGACUGGAGGCAGACGAUCAGGAUCGCUGAGUCUGUUGACGAAGAAAUUCUAAAAAUAUUCACAGCAAAAUAUAUAGGAACGUUUGCAAACACGUACAUUUUUACAAAAAGAUUGGCCGAGCAAAUAAUAAGUGACUUUUCGGAAUCACUGCCUUGCAUUAUCUUUAGACCGUCUAUAGUUAUAUCAACAAUGGGGGAUCCUGUACCAGGUUGGACUGACAAUUUCAAUGGUCCAAAUGGCUUGAAUGUUGGCACUGGUAUUGGGAUAUUACGCGUACUUUCUUUAGAUUCUAAUAUAAAUUGCGAUUUUAUCCCGAUAGAUUUAGUAAUCAGAGCAAUGUUAAUCGUAUCUUGGAAACGCGGAAUACAAAGUAUUUCUGAGGACAAUAGCCUUCACAUUUAUAACAGCUCUUUGUGCAACAUAAAAAGCAUAAGUCUCGGCGAAAUGAUAAGAACUGGAGUACGUGUCUUCUAUGAUAUUCCUAUAGAACGCAUGAUUUGGAAACCCAGUGUGAUUAUGACAAAAAGUCGUUUGCUAUAUUACAUAUUGGUGAUAAUAUUACAUAUUGUGCCUGCAUUAUUCAUAGAUAGAAUAUUAAAACUAUUUGGUGCAAAUCCGAUGCUACUACAAUUGCAACGAAAAGUAUAUGUAGCAAACCAUGCUCUGUCGUUCUUUAUAAGUAAUUUUUUGCAAUUUAAUAAUACAAAUUUGAUAAGUGUAUUUGAAAAUCUGAGCGCUGAUAAUAAAAAGGAAUUUGAUUACAAAGAACUAAUAAAGAUUAACGUGGAAGAAUAUAUCAGAAACAGUAUUAUUGGUUUUAAAGUCUAUUUACUCAACGAAGAUAUGAAUCGUUUAGAACAAGCUAGACGUAAUUUUAAAAGGAUGGAGUGGCUCGACAAAAUAAUCAAAAUAUUGUUUGUAAUUAUGUUAUGGUAUAUUUUCUACGCACGUAAAUAAACGCAAAAUAUUUUAUCAAAUAUGAGAGAAUAGGAUUUCAGAUAGUCUGCACCGACUGCACAUUUUGGGUGUCGCACAGUGGGCCAGAAGAACCAAAUAAGUGGCCAAAAUUUAAUUAGGUAUUUUCAAAAACAACUUUUUUUAUGGAUAUGGAAAUGGAUACAUGAUGAUGUUGAGAAUAUUUUAUGUACCAAA